AUGUCUAGACUCGUGCACAUCAACACUGGGAGGAGAGGAGCGGCGGCGUCGCCGCGCCCGCACAAGACGGCGGAGCUGGACGCGGAGGCGCCGGAGUUCGCCGCCGGGGAGUCGGCGGAGCAGCGCAACCGCUUCCUGGUGCUGCGGCUGUACGAGGCGCUCAACGCCCGCGACGCGCGCCGGGCGCAGGAGCUGCUGGCGCCCGACCUCGAGUGGUGGUUCCAUGGGCCCCCCACGCGCCAGCACAUGAUGCGCCUCCUCACCGGCGCGGACCAGCGCGACGACAAGAACCGCGGCGGCGGCGGAGGAGGAGGAGGAUUCGUCUUCUCCCCGCGCUCCGUCGACGCCUUCGGGUCCACCGUCAUCGCCGAGGGCGGCGCCGACGACGCGCGCCAUCUCUACUGGGUGCACGCCUGGACCGUGGGGCCCGAUGGGGUGAUCACCCAGCUCAGGGAGUACUUCAACACCGACCUCACCGUCACCCUCCUCUCCGGCUCCGGCGCCGCCUCCUCCACCAAGAAAGCUGACAUUGCAGGCGCUCCGUCUAAGCAGCAGGACGCUGCCUCUGCUUCUUCCUCCUCCGCAUCCCCCUCGGCCGCGUCGUCGUCUGCAGCUGCAGGGCCCAAGUGCCUGUGGCAGAGCCGCCGCGCCGACAGCGCGCAAAAGUCGCUGCCGGGCCUCGUCCUCGCCAUCUGA